AUGAUAAUGUCUGCAAAUGACAAUCAAAUGUCUGCGCGAAGAGAGCGCAACACCAAUGGAUCGGUGGAUGGGAUGAGCGGUAGUGUCGGUCACUUCACCCGCACUACUGGCCAUCGACGGCGCGAACGGCACUCAAACAACACAUCCCCCUCAUCGAUGAUGGUCUGUGUGUCACGUGUGGACAAACUUAGACUUUUCCGACAACUCAUGCAAUACUCGCGACAAUUGGUUUACACCGACAAACACUUCUACCGCAAUAAAGUGAGACAAGAGUUCCGCAAACACCGCGACCUCACCCAAGAGGAAGACAUCAAAUUCUUCUAUCGGUUUCUGUUUGUGUCUGUGUUUUGUCUCUUAAAACUUUGUGGACAACAAAUGUCAACAAUUAUCUCCAAUUACGGCAAACAAUGUAUUCGUGCAGUGAAUCCGACGUUUAGUCACAAUAUAUUCGUCGCUUUUUCGACAAACCAUUGGCCGCUAAAUAAGCCGAAAGUCGACAAAUCAAAAGUUCCGGUCAUUAAUGAGAAGGAACUGAGAGAGGAGUUCAUUCACGGCAGUGGACCCGGAGGUCAGAACGUGAACAAACUCUCCAAUUGUGUCCAAUUGACUCAUUUGCCAACAGGAAUUGUGGUGAAGUGUCACGUGAAUCGCGAGCAGCACCGGAACCGAGUGUUGGCCCGAGAACUUCUUGUCGAUAAAUUGGAUCAAUUGAUGAACGGUGACCAGAGUGUGUCCGCACAGCGGCAUCGAUUGGUAACCGAAAAGUUUUCCAAACGAAACAAAAAGCGCGAAAAGUUGCGACUUUUGAAAGAAGAGUUUAAAGCACGCGAAGAGACGGCCAACGGAUUGAUUAACAAAAUAUCAGAACAAUAUAUAGAUUAA